UGAUCGGGCAAUGAAAGGCUGAAUAACAUACGACUGCUUGUUGUAUAUGUGUAACAGUAUAAAUUUUUACAUAUAUGAUAUAUAUAUGAAUUAGGCUUGCAGUAAUCUGCACUAAAGACACUGUUUCAUUUACGUAUACAACACUACAACACGCCAGUGUCGUAGAUACACCUUCCUGCGGAAUCUUUAACCUAACACCAGUCUUAUCAAAGACAGAGCACGAUUCAGCAAGACAGCUGCGUUCAGAAUAUCGAUCAGUCGGAGUCGUGAGCUUCUUGGACACCAUGAGUAAAUCAAAAACGGCUGUGGAUGAGGUUUCCGAUGGAGGGGCUUUCGUUCGUACAGAUGCAGGCUAUAGAGAUUGGGUCAAAGCAGAUGGAUCAACCCCGUUUAAACCCGAGGCUGACCGAUACCACCUAUAUGUUUCGUAUGCAUGUCCAUGGGCAUGCCGCUGCCUGGCUGUACGAUCAAUUAAAGGGCUCGAAGAUGUUAUAAGCAUAAGUGUGGUACACCCUGUAUGGGACAAAACUCGCCCGGAAGAUGAAAAUGACUCGCAUCGGGGAUGGAUGUUCAGAGGUGAAGACGAAUUUAAGGGGAAUAUUCCGGAUAUGCUUAACCAAGCCACGUGCGUUAGAGACCUCUACGACUUGUGCAACGACAAGACUGGAAAGUACACUGUGCCGGUUCUAUGGGAUAAGAAAACGAAAUCUAUCGUCAGUAACGAGUCCUCGGAGAUCAUCCGUAUGUUCAACGAUGAGUUCAAUGAGCUCUGCAAACGUCCAGAAAUCGAUCUGUACCCCAAGGCGUUGCGUAAGGACAUCGAAGCCGUGAACGAAUGGGUCUACCCUAUGCUGAACAACGGAGUCUAUCGCAGGUGCGUUUCUACCA